AUACUGGUCUAGAAUGUCCAAAAUGAAAAAUCUUCUUCUUUUCUCAAUAGAUGUGCAGUGACUAGGCAUAUUUGCUUUACUUUACAAUACAUCAGAAAACAGAAAGCUGAGAUCUUGUUUGAAGUUACACCAGUUUGGUUAUCUCUCGAGUCAAUUUGGACCCUCAUUUAUGAAAUGAGUUUUGGGGGCAAAGAGUUCUAUUCCAAACCAUUACUCGUAAGUUUGUUUAUUUGUGAAGUGAAGGAAAUGGGCUUUUAUCAGUGUUAGCUGGUGAAGAUUGCAAAUCCAUUGUGAGCUCCCGUGUCUUGACUUUACUGAACAAGCUUGGUAGAGUCUGAGGCAAUCUGUCUAGGUAUUGUUUAAAUUGAUAAAUGAAUAGACUUACAUUACUUCUUUUUAGUAAAAUUUGAUGUUAUACAACCUUUUUAAUGGGUACUUAUUGGUUGUUCUGUCUCAAAAAAUCUGCGUCCCUCUCCCACGCCCUUCACAACCCAUGUAUGUGCCACUCGGUUGUUAUAUGGCAGCAGUUGCUAGACUUUUAUGCUUGUAAUUCAAUACCUCUGCUGUUUCUACUAAAGAAUCUCACUAAACUUGAGAGAAUUAUAUAUUCACCAUGACCAUGAGAUGAUUUCAUGUUGUGCAGCAUCCAUGUUCUGUUUUUAUUGUUUUGUUGGCAGAUGCAGUCUUUACAGCAAUUCCAAACAAAACAGAUUUGAAAUCUAAUGAUAAAACAAAAUUGAUAGAAAUUUAUAUCUAUUCUCCUUCUUUAGACUUAAAAAAUUAUUAUAUUUUCCUUAAAUAUUAAUAUAUAUGAUAUAAUAGUUAUUUAUCUUUGCAUAUGACAUAUAAUAAAUACAUAAAAUUAUAUAUCUUUGCAUAUGACAUAUAAUAAAUACAUAAAAUUAUAUAUUUUCCACGCAUCUCGCAUGUAAGGUGUCUUACAUUUUUUAAAAAUUUCAAUAUUAGUGUGUUAGUAUCAUGUCCAUGUCACCUCAUGCAUCUGUGUCCGUACUUCUUAGGCCACAAUUGGAUCUAUUCUUGUUGAUUUCCAUAAUGUGAUCAAUAGUUAAUUAAUUAUCUUUAAGAUUUGUUUAUUUCAAUUUUCCUUUUUCAUAUUGAGAAAAAAAAUUCCCUGUGCGAAUGCAUGAACAGUAAUUAUUCCUCUUAAUUAUAACCAAACUUGAAGUUAAACCGUGCACUGGCGAGCAAUGAACAAGGAGGCUGAAUCGUCCAGUUUCACAAAUAAAAAUCAUGCCGCGAACAUGACUGUUUAUGCAAGCACAUGCCAAACGUCUCAGGAUCAUCACCUUCCAUAUCAAAAAACUAUGAAGAAUUUUUUUAUUUGUAUUGAAAACUAAAAAGAUUACAAAAUAUAUAUAUAAAUAUAUAUAUAAGUACAAGAGGGGAAAGGAAAAAUUCAUUAAUGGAAUGGGAACAUACUUGGAUGAAAUGAAAUGUAGGCAAGAUGAGAAUGAAGAUAAGUUUGAAAAUUAUACCCAACAAGUCAAGUCUCAUCCUAUAACCAUGCUAUGCCAAGCAAAUGCUAUUUCUCCUUCACUUCAACACCAUGUUCAAUUCAAUGUGGCUUCACUUGUGAGUAAUUUCAACUCUCUCUCUCUCUCUCUCUCAAGUGUGUGGCUAAUCUUGAAUUAACUAAUACUCUCAAAUUUCUUACCUUGUGAAUUGGGUGGUAAUAAAUAGGGAGAGUCAGUUAGAAUGGUCACAAGUUUUUCACUUGUGACUUUGAUUUUACUCAAUUUGGAAGACGAAAUGCAUCAUUUAGCGGUGAAAAGCAAUCUUGUGAAUGCAGGUGCAGAGACAACCAAGCUUUUGAUUGAAGGCAGUGAUGGUCAGCCAGUUUGUCCAAAGCCUCGCCGUCUUGGAUCCCCCCUUCCUGAAUUUCUCAACCCCCUGAGAUGUACCAAACACAGCCAACCAAAUACCAAUGAAAGAAGCCCAAUUCUCAACAUAAUGGCUGAAAAGACAAUCGAUGGACGAGAAUCUGUAUGCACCGGGUGCUCAGUGUCAUGGUACUCGGGCUCUCCUCCGAGCCGAACAGACAAUCCAUUGGUUCAUGAUGUGCAAUUCAUGCACCAGAUGGAAGUUUUUUCACCUUUUACGCGAACCAAACUGUCGGAUAAAUUUGGCUUCACCUCUGCUUCUCCAAUAUGAGCCCCGGAACAUGAAAACGAGAAAUUUCCCAGAAGAAUGAGUCUGUCCUCACAAUGAGGGGUUUCUCCCAUUUUGAGGUUGUGUUUUUUGUAGCAGUUGUCUAUUUUUGUGUAAUUGUUUGUGUACUUGUAAAUAGAAUGAGAUAAAUGCACACAGAUGCAUCUUGUGAAUAUGAUUCUCUGAUCAUCUGAGUUGUGCCCAUUGAACUCUUGAUUUGUGAUUAGUCUCACAUAAAGAGUUUUUUUUUUUGUCUUUUUCUUUUUUUUUCCCUCUUCUAAGAUGAGUUGUAUGGUGUACAACCAUGUUAAAUUUAAUCUAGUUUUGGACAGUUA